AUGAACGAACCGCUACUAUAUUUUAGAGAGUAUGACGUGGAUUGGAUCACUGCCGCCACGUGGCAGUUCUCGAAGCGCCGUAUAGUCAGCCAGGGAUGGGAUUCCACAGUGUUUUCCAUACCUGGGCAAAGGGUAGCAGGCUACGAAGGGGGCUCGGCGGGAGGCUCGGCAAGAGGUUCGGCAGGAGGGUCAAUUGGCUUGAGGGUGAAGCGGUUUGGUGGGCAAGGUUGUUCGCUGUCGAAGGAAGCCGAAGCUGCCUUCCAGGAACACGCACGUGCUCUCUCCCGCCUCUCCCACCCCUCCCUCCUCCCCCUCGUUGGCUACUCCCCCUCCCCCAUGCCCUCUCUCCUCUUCCAAUCCGCCCCCGGCUCCGCUCACCCUCACUUACCGCACUCAACCGCUCCCACUCCCCCAUCUCCUGCGUCAGCUGUGGUCUCACAUGCUGUUCCAGCUGCAUCAGCUGCUGCAACUGACCCAGUUUCAGCAGCAUCAGCUGCUGGAACAGCAGGUUUCAGCACUUCAGAGUCCUCUACAGGGCAGGAAGCUACCAGUGCAAGGAGCGGGAGGGAUGCUGCUGCCAGUGGUAGUAGUGGUAGAGAUAAUGUUGCUAGUGGGAGAACCGAGGCUGCUCUAGGCGGGGAUGAAAGCGCCUUUCCUGUUCCUCCAAGGCCUAUUGGUAGAGUCUCUGCUGACCUGCUUGCUGCUGCUGCAGUCCUAGCAGCUACCACCACUCAGGAGAGCAACGACGAGGAGAGGAAUGAUGGCAAGGAUGGUGAGAAGGAUGGUGGCAAUAGUGGGGCAAGUGAUGACGGUGAUGGUGAUAAUGACGAUGCUGGCAGCAGCAGCAGUGGUGAUGAUGGUGGUGAAGGUGGUGGUGGUGCUGCUGCUGCAGAUUCACACUGCCUCUCCCCCUCCCGCUGCUGGCCCCACCUACCCACUCCCUCCCUCUCUCUCUCCCUCACUCGCUCCUUCACUCGCUCCUCCCGAAGCACUAGAGCUUCAGAGCAAGCAGCAGCUUCCAGUCCAUCGCUCCCCGACCCUACCACCACAUCCCCCACCACCCUUGCCGAAGCUGGCCCGUCAGGCUCGGACCGAACCUCCGUUCCAGGCUCAGCAGGCGUGGAAGAGGCUUGGAAGGGCGUUAAGAAAAGGAUGGAGGGGUGGGAGGCGCGGUUAGACGUGCUAGUGCAGGUGGCAGGGGGAUUGGCAUACCUGCACCGGCAGGGGAUGGUGCAUGGGUCCCUGGGACCUGCUAACGUGCUGCUGUGGGAGAAACGCGAGGGGUUGAGAGAUGAGUGGGUGGAGAGAGACGCAGACCCAGUGACGCUCUUCACAGCAGCCACAGGCAUCCCCACUGACCGGCCCUGCAUGCUGCCCCUCAAUACCAGUCCGUUCCGAGUUGCCAGCGGGCUGCAGGCUGUGAUUGCGGACUAUGGGCUGCCCACGGAUCUGAGGCUCAGGGCGCUGUUCCCUGCAAGGAAUGCGCGGGCGUAUGCGAGCGGUGUUGGUUCGAUGUACCUGGACCCGUCUCUUAGCCGCCAAGGCCCCUUCCACCCAUCCAACGACAUCUUUCCCCUGGGAAAGCUCAUACAGCACCUGCUGCUCCCGCUCACCCAGCCAUCAUCGUCACAUUCCCCCCAUGCCAGUGCAGCGCCUCCUGCCUCCUUCCCCUCGGGCUCCUCUUUUGCACGAUCUGGACCGUCCACUUCACGCCUCCUCCCGUCCAUCUCGAUCUCCUACCACGGCAUACCCAGAUUAGUGGAGCAGGCACUGAGGAGUAUAGCGGCGACGCGGAGUGUGGAAGAGAUAGGUCACAGGCAGGUGCUGCUGGCACGGCUGAGCAACCUCACCCCGCUCGUGCAUGUGGGGGCAAGUGAAAUGAGCAAAGGCAGCCAGCAGCACAUGGAGUGGUUGCUCAGUGGCUAA